UCACUAAAAUCUAUAAUAAUGGUGCAGAUGCCUUCCGUUCCCUUUCAUCUAUAGCAAGGCUAAACGAAACCCUUCUCUCCUACUCUCAUGGACUGCCUAGAGAGCUCAAUACCAAACCAAAAAGAAACUUUCCAUGAAAACAAAGAGAGUGUUUGUCUUAGUACUAGCGCAAUCAAGGUUCCGAAAAAGGCAAAGAUCAAGGGAAGGAGAUUCCUAGGCGUGAGACAACGACCAUCAGGAAGAUGGGUGGCUGAGAUCAAGGACUCAUCACAGAAUCUGAGACUAUGGCUAGGAACUUUUGAUAGAGCAGAAGAAGCUGCAUUGGCAUAUGAUAAGGCUGCAAGGGUUUUAAGAGGAAGGAAUGCAAAGACCAACUUCCCAUCAUCUCAUCAGCAGCAUGGAACGAACUUCAUGAAUGUACAUGAAGAAAGUGAUAACAUAUUGAAGAAGAAUCCACGGCUUUAUCAGCUGCUUCAGCACGCGAUCAUGAAGAACCAUGCAUCAAUUUCAACUUCAUCAGCCUCCAUGAUCAGAGGAUCAAAAGGGGGUCAAUCGGAUUCAAACAAUAACUUUGAUACGCUUGUUGAAGAAACUAUUGUGUGCUCUUCAUCAACUAGUGCUGCUUCUUAUAUAAGAGAUAAAGAUUACCAUUGCACCCUUUCAUUUGGGACUACUUCUAAGGUUUAUUCUUCUGUUAUUGUUGCUCCUUCUUUUAGUGCUACUUCAUAGUGAUCAAUGUGAAGGGUUAUCAAGAGGCUCCCGUAGUCACUUCAUUAAGUUGCUUUCUGGUGGAUCCUAGCAUGUCUUGAGAUAAAUAUGAUUAUCAAAGAAGAGAAUAAUAGUUUGUGUAAAUCUUGU